ACGAACGAAGCACAUCGAAAUCGAUUGCCACCUCGUUCGUGAGAAGCUUCAAGCCAACAAAAUCAAGCUAUUGCACGUCUCCACUUCCCACCAACUAGCUGAUCUGUUUACAAAACCAUUACCCCCAGCUUCAUUCUCUCACUUGUUGUCCAAGCUCGGUGUGCAUCAACUAUGCCCCCCAGCUUGCGGAGGGGUAUCAGACGAUUUGUCAAAAAACCUUACCCCUGUUUUGCCCAGAUCAGCUUCAACAUCAACAGCGCAGUCGACCGUUAGUUGGAGCGACGUCGUACGAGGAAAAGGGAAGAUGCCCGUUAUGUGAAGCGACGUCGUUCCAGUAAAGAGGAUGGCGCCAAGAUCGUUAGAGCACAAUAACUUUGUAUUUGAAAUGCUUUUCAACCGUGUCUUUACUAUCUUCUUCACCCUUCAAUGUUGGACAGUAGUGAUCUGUAAUGGCUAUAUAAACCAAACGAUGAAUGAGAAGCAGCCUAAGGGCUUUUAGGGUUUCAACCCAUCUCUGGUAACAGAAGGGCAUGGUAGAUUGAAGGAGAGCGACAUCGACGAUGACGGAGGUGAGGGCCGGUGCUAGCUAUAUUUGGUGGCGCAUUGUCGGAACAGGUUCUAGUGGUAGGGUUAAGGAGAACGAUGUUGGCGCGUUGCCGAACCUGGUUAGAAGUGGUGGCGACAAGGUCCUGCGGGAGGUAGGAGUUGGGGAUUCGGGAUGUAGUCAGGGGAGCUCGCUCGCUUGCACCUCUCCGGGCUUCUCUCGAUAUCCCCAUCGCCGAUCCUCCUCACUUAGAAGAGCUCCGUCUGUGAAAAUUCGGUCAGCUCCUCCUCCUCGUGAUCGUCGUCAUCAUCAUCGAAUUUUUUUCGUCGGAGCCUGGACACGGGUCUCGCAGGGCUGCGAACAGAACGCCUAGAUGGGUGGAGUUCUGGAGCAACAAGGCGUCGGAAGAACUCGACGUCCUCCUCCUCUUCGGAUUAACGAGUACAUAGGCUAAUCGGGUCUAUGUUGAGGGAAGGAGGAUAGUUAUAAUUUUUUUCAUUUAUUUUAAUUUAUUGUCAAAAUGAUAUGGAAAUUGUAAAAAAAAUAAUUUUUAAAAUUUUAA